CUAGCUAGGCCUCUCUGUACAUGGUCCACCAACUUUUAAGUAUUAAUUUAUACACACACUGAUACACACAGUGUGUUAGAGUUACACAGAGAGAGCAUCCAUGCAAGCAAAAUCAAAACACUAUAACGUUCCUGACUUCACCAACGGACCUAAACCAAGCAUUUUGAAGUAGGCAAAGUUUUUCCAAACAACAACAAAAACAACAAACAACAACUCUGCUUAACCCCAAAAACCAAUAAACUAAUAAUGCACCACAGCAUCGGUUCCAGUUCUUUGCCUUGGAACUUUUCCUUUGGCUUCUUCCCCUUCUUCCCUCGAUACCCACAUUCUCUCUCUCCUCUCUUUCUCUCUCUACAUUUAGUCAAAACCCAUCUCCACACCCAACAAAUAAUAUAUAUUCAUAUUUCUCUCGCUCUAUAUCUCUCAUUCUUCAUUCAUAACUAGCUUUUGUUUACAAAUGGACAUUGAAAAGAAACCCAAGUUUUGCAUCAAUGACAACUUGGACGUUCUCAUAGAGAUACUGAAGCGGCUGGACGGGCGGUCACUUGGUGUUGCCGCCUGUGUCUGCCGCCUCUGGAGCUCGGUCACUCGCAACGACUCGUUCUGGGAGGAGCUGUGUUUCCGCCACCUGUCGCCUCCGCCGUCCGGGGUGAGGCCGGUGGUGGUGGCGCUGGGCGGGUACCGGAGGCUUUACAUGGUGUGCAUGAGGCCGGUGAUGAGUCGACUCGCGAAACUCGGGACGGGUGGAGGGGGCGAGUCGGACCUGGUCAGGCGAGUCUGGACUCGCCACGAGGUGGAGCUCUCGCUCUCGCUUUUCUGCGUUGAUUAUUAUGAGAGGUUGGGCGGUGGGAGACUCGGCGACGCGUCCGCUUCGUCGCUCAUGUUCCUCUGCAAGCCUGUGAACGUUGGAUUGGAUGACUUUUGAGUUUGACUCAUUCGAAAAAAAGUACUUAGUGGCCAUUAUUUAGAGCAUAAUAACGACGUCGUUUUACUCUGUAGCCUACUACAAUUAGUAUUAUUUUUUUUUACAAAUUUUUUUUUUUUUUGGGGUUCUUCUAAAUUCUAAAAUUUGUGACUAUAUUUAUUAAGUUUUUUGGUGUAUCAAUUAUUUAUUUUAUUUUAUUUAAAUGUUUUUCUAGAUUGAGUGGAAAAUUGGAGAAGAGGACAUGAGAAUAGAGUCAAGUAUAUUCGAUAAUGGUAUUUAAUUAGCUGGCUAUGAAAGUGAAAGAUCAUUAGUGAAUUCUCUUUAUUUUUGUUUUGUUAUAGGGGCAGAAAAUCUUUGUAAUUGAUAUAUUAUUAAUGGUGUUACUUUGCCUCCACAAACUUUUCAGCCAAAACUCUCCAUCACACAUGCAAUUAAAACCAGUCAUAUAAAUGGUGUUGUUGGGAUAAUAAUAAUCGAGAGUGAUUUAUCAUUGCUAUUAUUCUAGACAACAACUACUUUUUUUUUUUUUUUUUUUGGCCCUUUAAAGUGAUAAUAUCUAAUCUUUAUUUUCAUUCUCGUUUUUUGUUUGUUACAUAUACCGAUAAUGAUAGGUGAUCCCAAAAUAAUAAUAAUUAUCAUUAUUAUGUGGGCACCAAUUAUUAUUAUUAUUAUUGUAUUAAAAGCACAAAAACUAUAAACACAUAUGAGUCGGAGUUUUAAAGAUAUAGUUUGAUUUGUAU